AUGUCGUCACUCCUCAUCAAGAACGGAACAAUCGUCAACGAUGACGCGAUGUUCAAGGCGGACGUGCUGGUGCGAGAUGGAAAAAUUGUGUAAGCGUUUGGGUCUCGCCACGACAUUUUUACGUGUUUCUCUUUUUUUUUCGUAUGCUUUCAGUGAGAUCUCGCCGUCGAUCGUCGCGCCGCCAGGGACCGAGCUGCUCGACGCCACGGAUCGGCUUGUGAUGCCCGGCGGAAUCGACCCGCACACUCACAUGCAACUUCCAUUUAUGGGCGAGAUCGCCAAAGACGAUUUCCAUCGGGGGACCGAGGCGGCGGUGGCCGGCGGCACCACAAUGGUGAGCGAGUCUGGUGGAGCGCACUUGCAUCAUCAUGACACUUUCAGAUUAUCGAUUUUGUGAUUCCGACGAAAGGCGAGUCACUUUUGACCGCUUAUGAUCGUUGGCGCGGAUGGGCCGAUCCGAAGGUCGUGUGCGAUUACGGACUGUCCAUGGCGAUCACGAGUUGGAGUCCGCAGAUUGCCAAGGAGAUGGAGAUGGUCACUGGCGCCGAAUACGGUAGGUUUUGCAAGCACAUAUCUCGAGAUCCGAUGAUUAUUUCAAAAAGUGGUCAACUGAAAAGUUGUUUCAAUUUUUAAUCUUAACAACUUUCUAGUUGAUCAUUUUGUUCCAGAACCCUUUAUUUUUGAGCUAUGGGUUAGUUUCUAAACAGUAUCCAAUAGCAGCCACAGGCCAUUUCAGGCAUCAACUCGUUCAAGUUCUUUUUGGCGUACGCUGGCGUUUUUAUGGUGCGUGACGAGGAGUUCUAUCAGGGAAUGCUCCAAUGCGCCAAACUCCGUUCGCUCGCCCGAGUGCACGCGGAGAACGGCGCCGUGAUUGCGGAGCGAUGCGAGCAUUUGCUGUCGAACGGCGUCACCGGCCCCGAAGGACACACGCAGAGCCGGCCGGAGGAGCUCGAGGUGGAGGCGACGUUCCGUGCAUGCACCAUGGCCGCGCAGGCCAACUGUCCGUUGUACGUGGUGCACGUGAUGUCGAAGGGCGCCGCCGCCGCGAUCGCCCACCAUCGGAAGCGCGGCGCCGUCGUGUUCGGCGAGCCGAUCGCCGCCGGACUCGCCACCGAUGGCAGCCAUUAUUACCACGAGGACUGGCUGCACGCCGCCCGAUACGUCAUGUCGCCGCCGCUUUCCAGAGACCCCAGCACUCCGAGUGCGCUCAUGAAACUGUUGGCUGCGUGAGUGAAUACACUGAGCGAACUCAACACUAUUUAUCAGAGUUGCCACGGGCCGGGCCGGGCCGGGCCAAAAUUUUCAAAACUCCGGCCCGGCCCGGUUCAAAAAGCGGGAAUCCAAAUUUUGAACUAUUGAUUAAAUAAAAUGUUUGUUUUUCGUAGAACUAACGAAUUUUGCAAGUAUCGAACAUAAAAAAGAAAUGUAGUUCUCAAAAAUAGUUUUUAUUGGCAUCAAAGCAAAAGUUGUAAUUUUGAUCCCCGCAAAAAAAACGAAAAAUAGAUUUCCCCCAAAAAUUUGAAUUCGCGCCUUUUUAGCCGGGCCGACCGGGCCGGGCCGGCCCGUAAUCUGGCAAGUGUGCUAUUUAUCGAAACAAAAAAUGCAGUAGAGCCAACCAUCAUACGCCACGGUCUCCAGAGCUGACAAUAUGGGCGUGGCGGCCUCGGCCAAAUGGCGUUUUCAUGAAUUGAGCAGGUUUUCUCUGAUUUUUGUGGUCAAAGGCGAUGAAAAAUGAUUGUUCGACAUGAAAACACACUAAUUCUCAGAAUUAAUGACGUUUUGGCGCAUUUUUCGCGGAUGUCGCUUUUUCGCCUUCGCCGUCAAAAGCCGCACUUCUCAUUUUGCGCGCUUUCUUGACCGUUUUCAGACAGAAUUGGUUUUGAAAAUUAUAAAUCACGUAAAUACAAGCAUUUUGAGCGCUCGAACCGCGAAAAUUACCGAAAAGCAACUGAAAUUCACGCAGUUUUAGCCAAAAACCUUCAAACGGAUAAAUGUGAUUUGCGACUUGACCAAAUUUAACGCUCUUGCGCUUAAAAAUUUUGUAAUAGCCUAUACAAUCGGUCUAUCGAGAGACAAAUGAGAAAUUAUCGAUUUUUCGUGGCUAAUCUGGCAAAAAACACAAAUUUUGCUGUUAAAAUUUGAAUUUCGCGCCAAUGUAUCGCUCUAUUGGGCGCCCAUUGUCAGCUCUGGAGACCGUGGCAUACCCUUAUUUUCAGCGGAGAACUGCAUCUGACGGCCACGGAUAACUGCACUUUCGACUGUCACCAAAAGUCGUUGGGGAAAGACGAUUUCACGAAGAUUCCGAACGGCGUGAACGGAGUCGAGGACCGGAUGUCGGUUGUCUGGGACAAGGGCGUGCACGCCGGAAUCAUCGAUCCGAUGCGCUUCGUGGCCGUCACUUCCACAAUGGCCGCCAAGAUUUUCAAUUGUUACCCGCAGAAGGGACGCAUCGCCGUCGGCUCCGAUGCGGACAUUGUCAUUUGGAAUGCGAAUGCGAGCAGGACCAUCUCAAAGGACACGCAUCAUCACGUGAGUGGUCCCACUUUGCUCUGUUGAGAAUUUUUCAAAACCUUUUAGGCGAUCGACUUCAACAUUUUCGAGGGAAUGCAAGUUCACGGCGUGCCUGAGACGACAAUCUCGCGCGGGCGGAUCGUUUGGGCCGACGGACAGUUGCGGACCGUCCAAGGCGCCGGCCGAUUUGUUUCCCUUCCGCCCGACUCGCAGAUCGUCUUCUCGGCGGUCGAUAACCGCGGGAAGACGAUGAAGCCGGUGAGGGUGGAAAGGGCUCCGUACGCUCCGCUCGUUGAGGACGCCAAUGCGAACACUGUGAAGCCGAGAGCUGCCGUGCCGCCCGGUGGAAUCAGCAGCAUCAUUUUUUGA